UUUUCUUCUGGGAUUUCUCGAUUACUAAUGAGAAUUAGGGUUUCAUAAACUCAAGUGUGAUUGAAAGUUGGAAUUGUGAAUUUUGAAGAUUCCGAACUCUCUCCUUAUAAAUUCGGUGGAUUUCCGAAUGUAGUAGCAUCACAGGAGCAUCGAUUUUUUCUUCUGGAAACGUAUUAUGGAAGAGAAAUCCACUACUGUUUUGGCUCUUCCCCAGACAACUCAAGAGCUUGCAAUGGAGGGCAUCAAGCAUCUUGAAGAAACCAUUGAAUCCGCUUUCCAGAUCCUCUACUCCAUGAAUGACGAGCUUUGUAAUCCCACAUUAUGGUCCACUACUUCUUCAACGGCAACCACGGCUACUUCUGGUUUAACAAUUGCCAGUCCAAAUGGUCCAUCUUCGCAUUCUGCUAAUGGAGUUGUAAACGGUGAUGCUAGUUCCGAAAGCACUAGCCAUCACACCGAUUCCAGCAGCGGCGGAGGCAGCGGUAGUGGGGGAGCCCUUGAGGAGGCACGUGUUCGCUACAAGAACUCAGUCCUUGCACUUCGUGCUAUUCUUGCUGCAAUCCCCAAUUCUCAGAAGGCAAAAGCAUACGAAUCGGGUACGAGUGCUCAUGCAUCGCCUGCAGACCAAUCUGAAAUUGAUAAGUUGGAACAACACCUCUCUAAUCUCAGAAAGGAACUUGUCGUUAAAAAUUUGCAUAUCAAGCUUCUGAUAGAUCAACUACGAGAUCUUGUUGCUGAUGUAUCUACGUGGCAAAGUCCUUGUUCUGUGUGAAAAAACGUGCUCGCUUUGACUUUUGAGUCUCCUCGUUAAAUGAGCUGUUGAAGUUUAUAAUUGCGAUGCUCUGUUUCUUGAAAAGAUGAGUUGUUAUUAGAACGUUUGUUUGCAUCUCUUCAAUGAAAGUAGUGAUUAUACAAA